AUGUUAUUAAUACGUGUAUUAUGUGAUUUAGCAUUAGCAUGGUUUGGUGUACCAUAUACAGCUUAUACAGCUGUAUAUAAAAAUUGGUUAUUAGGCAAUAUAAUGUGUAAAAUUUCUGCAUUUCUUAUUUAUUUUAUUGUUGCAUUAAAUAAUUUUUUACUUGUUGCUAUAUGUUUAAAUCGUAGUGUAGGAAUAAGUCAAAAUGGUAAACAUUUAACUGAUCCAACAGUUAGUGUACCAUGUCGAGUAAAAUGUUUAUUAGUUGCAGCUGGAUUAUUAGCAUUGAUUAUUGCAUUUCCUGGUGGAAUUGUUAGUGAACAAGUACAAAUUAAAUUACCUGAAACAAUGAAAUAUAUUUUGAUUUAA